CAGGAAGGAAACAGUCGCACCGUCGAUCGCUGUUUGUUCGUUGAAGUAUCAAACUUGUGUACGUUAACGUGGUGUGCGGAUGGUUAAAUUGGACUAAAAAAAACAAUCAGCUAAACAUUCAUUCCACGUCCUUACUCGUCUUCGACCAAUAUCGGAUUUCGAAUGCAAGUUUUCAUUUUUUGCUCUGCCCUGAGCGAGUUGUGUCGUCGGUUAUCCAAUUAGCCUUCAAAGCUAAUGUGAGCUAGUUAGCGAAGGAAAGCUAACUACAUUUUUUCCUUUAAAAGACUGUGUGCGCGCAAGUAUAUUUUGCUUUUUGAGGGGUUUUUGAGUUUGUGUUGCCGUGACCAGCAGAUAAGAUAAUGGGGUCGUCAAAGAAACACAAGGAAAAGAGCCGCGACAAAGACACAGAAGAGCGCCGACGCGAACAUAAGAAACAUCGCCACAAGGACCGAGACACUUCGGAUCGCGAUGGGACUCGGGAUAAAGAGAAACGAAAGCGCUCCAGGUCCAGGGAAAGAAGUGGGCGAGAGAGCCGCAGCAAAGGCGAAAAGAGCAGCGUGGAACCACGCGUGAAAAAGGAGAAGGUUGACCUUGGAUAUGAGGAGAGCAAUGCAGAAGUGGAACCCCAGUCUGCAAGCGGAGAUGCAUCGCUCAGUAUUGAGGAAACAAACAAACUCAGGGCGAAGCUGGGUCUGAAGCCUCUGGAGUUAAAUGAGAACAAGAAAGAGCUCGGGACCAAAGAGGAGCCAGUGGUGGCUGAGACCAUCAACCCUGUUCUUAUCCAGCAGCAGAAAGAGAUGAGAGAGAAGCUUGCUGCUGUGAAAGAGAAACGCAUCCUCAACCAAAAAUUGGGAAAAGUAAAGACCUUAGGUGAGGAUGACUGGUUUGAUGACACAGCUGCUUGGGUAGAGAGAAGCAGAAAGUUGGCAAAAGAAAAAGAAAUGGCAGAGAAAAGAGCCAAACUUCUGGAGGAGAUGGAUGAGGAGUUUGGUGUGAGCAGUUUGGUAGAGGAGGAGUUUGCUCAAAGCAAAAAUGAUGCCUACACAUCUCAAGAUCUAAAGGGACUAAAAGUGCAGCACAAGGUGGAAUCCUUCAGUGAGGGUCAGACUGUUGUCCUGACCCUACAGGACAAAGGUGUUCUUGAGGACGAAGAAGAUGUGCUUGUAAAUGUGGGCCUGGUUGACAAGGAAAAAGCAGAAAAGAAUGUGGAGUUGAAAAAGAAAAAGCCAGAUUACAAGCCUUAUGAAGAAGAAGAGACUGUGGAUGACAUGGUAACGUUUAAGCCCCGCUCUGUUCUUUCAAAAUAUGAUGAGGAAAUUGAGGGCGAAAAGAAGAAGAGCUUCCGGUUGAAUGCUGGAGGCUUUGCUGACGGAGAGCGAGAGCGGGAGCUCCAGGCCAUGAGAGACGCCCUGCGAAAUCAGGCCCAGUCCUUGGAAAUGCCUGCUCUCGCUAUCGCCUCAGAGUAUUACACACCCCAAGAAAUGGUGAGCUUUAAAAAGACAAAACGCCGCGUAAAGAAGAUCAGGAAGAAGGAGAAGAGCACAGCUGCAGAUGAACUUCUCCUCGAUGACACUCGCAGCUCUGAUUUUGGUUCCAGGGCACGUGGCCGAGGUCGCAGACUGGUGGAUGAAGAGGGUCAGGAGGUAAAGGAGGAACAAAGCAAACUGCCAGACAAUGUCCCCCAGAUGUCUGAUGAUAUCAGGAUGGCGGAAAUGGAAAUAAGUGAUGACGAGGACUUUGCAUCUCCUGAGCCAACUGUAAUUGAGGAGGACGAGGCAGAGCAGGAGCUGCAGAAACAGCUGGGGAAGCAGAGGAAGCUGAAGCAAAAACAGCUUCUCAAAGACUCUGGGGAGAAGGUGGCAGAGCAGAUUAAAUGGCUUGGUAGUGGCGAUAAUGACAAUGAUCCUGAAAGGAGGGACAACAUUGUUUUCAAUGCCACCUCUGAGUUUUGCCGAACUCUGGGUGAUAUUCCAACUUAUGGACUGUCAGGUAACAGAGAGGACCAAGAAGACAUUAUGGAUUUUGAACAGGAGGAAGAGAAAGAUGAUGCUGGAGGUUCAGACUCCGAAAUGGAUGAGAAUGUUGGGUGGAGCACAGUGAACUUGGAUGAAGAGCAAAAACAACCUGACUUCUCCACAGCCUCAGCCACCAUUUUAGAUGAGGAGCCCAUUGUCAACUCUGGCCUUGCUGCUGCCUUGCUGCUUUGCAAAAACAAAGGUCUGUUGGACACCCAGAUGCAGAAGGUAGCCCGUGUCAAAGCGCCAAAGGGUGCCCUACCCAAUGACAACUACUGCAUUGAGGACAAGAUGGGCUUUGAUGACAAGUACAGUCGCAGAGAAGAAUACAGAGGCUUCACACAAGAAUUUAAAGAAAAGGAUAGUUACAAACCUGAAGUCAAGAUUGAGUAUGUGGAUGAGUCUGGGCGGAAACUCACUCCAAAAGAAGCUUUCAGGCAGCUUUCACACAGAUUCCAUGGGAAAGGGUCUGGAAAGAUGAAGACAGAGAGGAGAAUGAAAAAGCGAGAGGAAGAGGCACUUCUGAAGAAAAUGAGCAGCAGCGAUACUCCUCUAGGGACUGUGGCUUUGCUUCAAGAGAAACAGAAAUCUCAGAAAACACCAUAUAUUGUGCUUAGUGGGAGUGGAAAAAGUAUGAAUGCAAACACCAUCACUAAAUGAGUAAUUGGGGAGGAGUGAAUUAUGGUUAAUACAGGCAUUUUCAUACAUAUAUACAUAAACACACACAUACAUACACAUUCAUACACAGAAUGUUUUAAGUAAAGUAACUGCUACACUUUCAUGCCCUAGUUUAUGCAAGUGUCAAUGUAGUAAAGAAUUGUUGAAUAAAAUGAAUACAAAUGAGAAUUUUUUUUUCCUUUUCUG